CGGAACCAGAGCAGCAGGGAGGUCGGACUGAUGCCUGCUCCCCUGCUGCUGCUGCUCCUCCGCGGCCUUCCCCUGCUCCUGCUGUGAUACCCUCAGCUCGUCGGCAACUCGGCAACUGUUGCCCGCACGCCGCGACUGUGCCCCAGCAGUAACGAUCAGUGGUGUCAUGGCUCUGGUUCCUGCAGGAAUUUUUUCUCAGAUACUUUCCUGCUUUUGCCGCGAUUCGAUUGAGCCAGUGGGGAGCUUGUUCUAGUGUUCGGAACUAGCCGCGUUGAGUAGGGAUUUGAAGACGUAUAUGCGGGCGUUGCUGUGUUGGGUAUGGGAAUUACGGGGAGUGGGGGCAGUGUUGUAUGAAUGCUGUGCACGGGAACGCAGACGGCGAUGAGUAUGUGGAGAAGAGACCGAGAGGCGAGGUGUAUGUAGGGUGCGCGGGUGGUGGUUGGGUGUGCUGGUGGCGUUGGUGGGCGUUGGUUCGUUUGUUCGUUUGUUUUUGGGUUCGUCUUUAUUUUUAUUUUUGUUUUUGGGUUUGGUGUCUUUCUUAUGUGGUGUACGAGAACCUUGAGGGUCGAAGACCGAGAGGUGGAGACAGAGCAGGCUUUAGGGGCCAGGCAUAAAAAGAGCAGAGAAGGCGAGCGGCUUAUGCAACUACCGGGGAACAGGGUGAACGGUUUGGCGAGCGGAGAAGAAAGAACCCUGAGAAGGAAACCCCAACUACAUGUCGAUUGUUGCAAACGGAGGUUCCCUCCGCAUCCGGGAGGUAUGGGCUGAUAACCUGGAGGAUGAGUUCGAGCUGAUACGGGACAUUGUGGAUGAGUACCCUUACGUUGCGAUGGACACGGAGUUCCCCGGGGUGGUGGUGAGGCCCGUGGGUACGUUCAAGAAUAGCGCAGAGUAUCAUUAUCAAACUCUUAGGGCAAAUGUGGACAUGCUCAAACUUAUUCAGUUGGGGUUAACGUUUUCAGACGAGAACGGGGUCCUGCCUCGAUGUGGCUCCAGAGAUUCUUGCGUAUGGCAAUUCAAUUUUCGGGAGUUUAAUCUUAGGGAGGAUGUGUAUGCACAUGACUCAAUUGAGCUGCUGAAGCAGAGCGGAAUCGAUUUUCAGCGAAAUGAAGAGCGAGGGAUCGAUUCGCAAAGGUUUGGCGAGCUUCUGAUGUCGUCAGGAAUUGUGUUGAACGAAAAUGUGCAUUGGAUUACUUUUCAUAGCGGGUAUGAUUUCGGCUAUUUGUUGAAGCUGCUCACUUGCCAAAAUCUUCCGACAAGUGAGGACGAAUUUUUCAACCUGAUGCGGACUUAUUUCCCCACUCUGUAUGAUAUCAAGUACCUGAUGAAGUUUUGCGACAACUUGCAUGGCGGGCUGAACCGGCUGGCUGAGACUUUGGACGUGGAGCGGAUUGGUCCUUGUCAUCAGGCUGGCUCUGACAGUUUGCUUACUUCUCGCACUUUCCGCAAGUUGAAGGAUGGCUUCUUUAAUGGUUCCACAGAAAAGUAUGCCGGUGUUUUAUUUGGUUUGGGUUCAGAUAAUCUCGACUCUUGAUUCCACAGUUCAGCUGUCGAUUGCCAUCUGUGGCUCUUGUAAUCACUGCUCAUGGACAAAGUCCGUCAUUUAAACUUUGCAGCCUCUUACAUUAAGCUUUACUCA